GGGCCAGCUGAGAGUCAGUGAGGCAGAGGAAGGAACAUGGAGCACCUCAGGAACAUCCUACUAUUGGCCAGUGUAGCCACUCUCAUCCCCACUCAGGCUUUACCUCUGUCCAGCCUGAGCUAUCAGAAGGCCCUGUCCAAGGCCCUUCAUCUCUACAACCAAGCACACAAAGGAGAGAAUGCCUUCCGGCUUCUCCAAACCGACCCUCCUUCACCCAAUCAGGACCUUCAAGAACAAACUUUGAAGCAUCUGAGCUUUACCUUGAAGGAAACUGUGUGCCCAGUGACUGAGGAUCUCCUGCUGGAUCAGUGUGACUUCAAAGUUGAUGGGCUAGUGAAAGAAUGUCAAGGCUCAAUAUCCAAUGAACAGGACAUUGCUGCAAUCAUCCUCACCUGUGACCCAGAAGCCUCAGCACCCUCUCGCUCCAGAAGAUACCUGACUUUCAAACGAAAGAAUGGUUCGAGGAAAAAUGGCCACAGACCUGGGGGAUACUCUCUGAUUGCUCUUGGAAAUAAGAAAGUACUAAAGGCUCCAUAUAUGGAGUCUAUCUAACCUCAAACCAGUGUAACCAGCACUUGCUUUCUCCCUUAUAUUUUACUCUUUUUCAAUUUCCACUCCCCUAAUCUCACACACAUGUACACACACACAUACACCCUAUGUAAUCCAUAGUUGUGUAUUUUUCUCUGUAUAUGGUACACAUGUAAAAUAUAUUGGGUACACACAUAUAAUUUGUAUGGUAUAUACAUAUAUGUAACAUAUAUGUAUAUAUGCAUGUAACCUGGUCUUCAAGAUUGGAGCAUUUGCAUAAGAAAUUGCAUUUCUUCCUUGGUAGACAAAACAAUGUGUUGAUACUACAAGCCUAUCUGUGUGAAAGGUGGAGUUGGUAGAAUUGUCUUUGAAGAAGAGAAAUUUUAUUCCUCUUCAGAUAAAUUCAAAUAUAUUUCCUGCUUCAGGGGAGGACACACAUUUCUAGACACUCUUUUCCAGAGAGAUCCAAAAAGAAGGGGGAGGGAGAGAGGGAGAGAGAAGGAAUUUGGAAAGUUGACAUGCAGGAGAAAGCUGAUUCUUCAAACAUGUUCCAGAUUUCAAGUUUGCCUUUCUAGAGUCUUUGGGAAAUUAUCAUUUGGAUGAGAUUACAGUGCUUCUCUCUUUGACCUGAAAUAUCUCAUGCUCCAUGAGAGAGCUUGAUCCUGUGUAUGAUCUGGUGUGUUAUAACUCAUGUAAAACUUGUCUGAUUUCUACUUGCUAUGUGCUUGGAUAAAUGGAUUUACUCAUUCUUCAGUA